AUGAAAUUUGUUGUUGUGGCCGUUCCAGGAGUAAUUUCUCCCGAUUCAAACGGAGAUGAGAUUCUAAGAGCAAUCGGAGGAAAAGAAGGUCUACGCUCGGUUUUAAAUGGAGAAAAAUCAGAACAACUUAUAUUAAGGUUUGGAAUUGACUCAACAAGUAGCUUCGUACCAGCCAACACAUAUGAAGAUAAUAUACCCUGUAAAUUAGUCGCAAAAGCAAAACUCUGGAAGUCCGGAAAAUGUACUAUAGAUUUGUUGGGACCGGUUGUAGAUUACUUUUCAUUUUCACACCCUUCGGACUUCCUUCACCUAAGUCUACAACCUGUAGUAGCUGGAGAACUGGUUGGAGAAAAACUAGUUUCGAAUGUUCCAAAUAUCCCUCCACCAAUUUUCACCAAAAUCGAUAUGAUAGACCAAUUGUUUAAUAAGAGUUUGUCAAGUGGGUCUACAUCUUCCACGAGCCAGAAAGUGAAAAAAUACUCUUCUGGCUCAAUAUUCAGUUCAGUAGCUCGUUUUGAAGAUGUAAAUGUACCACUAACUCCACUAAAUCUUGCUCUACCAUCUCCAGACCCAACGUUGAUGAGUUAUUUGGAAAACUUGUUUAAUAAAAGAAAAUUAUGGUUGAGAAGUGCGUUGGACGAGUUUUUACCCACAGGAUACUCCAACUGGAAGAAGAGAACAUCAUUUUCAAGAAUCUGUUAUAUAUUCUCAGAUGGUCCAUGGAGAGGAUGUAUGUGUAAACUAGGAUAUGAUCCCAGAAAGGAUAGAAACUCUAGAUUCUAUCAAACCAUUGAUUUUAGAGAUCCACACUAUAGAACAAUUUCAUGGAAGACAGGAAGACGCUCACUGUCAAACUCAGAAAAUCUUGGUCAAGAACUUAAUAUAGAUAAGGAGAAGACCUAUGGAGAACUUUCCAAUGAAGUUAUAACUCCAAAUCCCGAAGUACAUUUCUUGAUCCCGUCUAACAGACCUUCACAAUUGUACCAAUUAUGUGAUAUAUGCGACGCCGGGAUCCAGAAUAUAGUAAACUCAACGGAUUUUUCGGCUGGAAUUUUAAACAACGAAUGCUCAAAAGCUACAGGUAAGCAACUAGAGGCUAAAAUAUAUUUAAAGGCUGGUAUUCUGCGUCCGCUCUCACGAAAAUAA